AUGGCAGUGCAAGGUCGUGAGAGUAACAGCCAAUCCUGUACACCGGGCCCCAAAGACUCCACUAACGCUGAAGCUGCGCAACAUGUGGAACUGGUCAAGUCGGACGGCGCCUGCAAAACUGAUAUUGAUAAGUUUGGAUCAUACGACAAAAUCGACCCCCUCGAGAUCAAGCUUGUAAGAAAGCUUGAUAUGUGGAUUAUGCCGACGCUCUGGGUCAUGUAUUUUCUGAACUUCCUCGACCGCAACGCAAUGGUCAACGGAAAACUAGAUACACUGUCUGAGGAUCUUGGCCUGGUGGGCUCCCAGUACAAUACUUGCGUCUCAAUCCUGUUCGUGGGCUAUCUCGGCGGCCAAGUCCCUUCCAACAUGCUUUUGAGUCGGGUACGGCCCUCUUGGUAUAUGGCAGGUAUGCACAAUGGUGUCACGGUCACUGAGAAGUGGUGGGCUAAUCCAGACAUGCAGGAUUCAUGA